GUGAGUGCAGCAGUAGAAAGUCCAGAUAAACAGCAGUAAAUUUCAGUUUUGACACGCUGAGUCGUCCCUCAGUGUCCGUGUAAGCUCAGCGAGAGCAAACAGAGGAAUGUUAACAGGAAGUGGAAGAAACUGCUGGUAUCUGGAAGUACUCAGGAGUGAGUGGAAGUAGUCGUCUCUCAACCACAGCAAAGAGUGAAAUAUGGGCAGUGAGUACCAACCACUGUCUGCAGCAGAGUCAUGCAGAAGUUUAUUCAUAGAGACGUCAGAGUGCUUUAUAUGCAGGGAUGUUGAACUUCAAGCUAGUGACCCACUGAGGAAUUUCUGCGACUGCAAGAAUUUACUUGCCCAUCACGUGUGUCUGUCCACGUGGAUCCAGAAGGGAAGUGGGAGUGAAGACAGGCUGCGCUGCAUUAUCUGCAAAGCCAAGUACCAGCUCCAGAGGAGUUCUCCGUGGCGGUCGGUGAGCUUUCAGUGGCAAACGUGGCUUGUGUCGAUCACUGCGUUGGUUCUGCUGGCUCUGGUACCUUAUGCUGUUUACUGCAUGAUGACCGCCUUCACCGACCCUCCUCCUCCCAGCACCUUUAAAGUGGCGGCCGCCUCUUUUGGCCUGCUGACGGAAAUCCUGCUCAUCAAGUGUCUGUGCAGCUACCUCAGCAGUCGUUACCGGCAGGCUGAGCAGAGCUCCUUCACAGUCCGGGCCAGAGGCUUCGACGAGGACAGAGCAAGCGUGGCCCGCUGGGAUCAGUCUGAGGCCUCAGCAGCGGCAGGUCAAGCUUCAUCGGCGGCCUCACCCAGUCAAGUGGACGAAAGGAAAGUGGAUAUGCUGAAGAGUGGAUGUCUCAGCUUUUUCUGAACCACUAACAGAAGGAGUUUACAGAAUGCAGAAUGAGAGUAAAUCCUAUGGGUAUUCAAGAUAUCAGUUUAUCAGCGUGGCGUUUAUGAGAUUUUACAAUUUAAAACCUUUUUUUCUGAGGUGUCAAAUAUUCUUGUUUUCCUCUAUGUCAAACGCUUACCCUCUUUAUUCAGCGGGUACAUUCUCACUUUUUGCAAAUUGAUCAUAAGGAAGCUAAUGCACGCAGCGUGCAUGAGUGUGUUCAGGCUCAGGGAGAAAAAAAGAGCCUGAAAUCACUCUCGUUCCUUAAUGAUGUCCACACAGAGACAAUGGGGCGCCGCUCUGAUUAGUGUCACCUGUCCUUGUGCAUCUCAUCAGCUCCAUUAUGGCUCCAGCUCCCAUGCUUCUUCUGCUAAUUGAAUAGCCUGUGAAGUGGUGACGAGGACGGGGGUGAGAGCAGCGUCUGUCCCGCUGCUGCUUCAGAAAUGAGAGUGAAGCUUCCCAGUGAGACACCACUGUAGUUCUUAAAACAUGAACCAUUAUCAUACAGAUGGAAAAAGUGCUAACAAGCAGCCCUCAUGUUAUAUUACUGUCAUAUCGUCUAUGGAUUAUCUUCAUAUCUAACAGCUUACAAUUAGCAUCGACUGUAGGUUUUUGAAGAGAAGCAUUUCUGCACUACGCAUUUCGUCAGUUUAUCAGACAGAGGUUCAUAGUGGACGUAGCCAUAAAACACUCAUCAUCUUUCAGUAGCUGCACACUGCAACUUAAGUAUGGUUUGACAUUUUUGUACAUUUAUUUGCAUUCUUACCAAAAACUAAAGGAAGAAAUUGCUCAGCUUAGCUGACUAAGACUGGACAUGGGAAAAAAUUAGCCCAGCAACUCCGUGGGCCCAGACACACCAAACCGACUUCAGAGAACUAGCAGUGAAUCCUCCUUGCUGUGUUGCCUCACGUUGCCUUUGUCCUGGCCAAAAAAGUUGCACAUGAACACACCAAAGACUCAACCGAGGGUCAACCAGCAUGUACAUUCUGUGCUUACAUGAGAGGAAAUAACUCUCCAUACAAGCAGUCAUCUGUAUUCAUGAUUCAAAAAGGGAAACUGUAAAACCGUCUUUAUGCUAGUUAGCCAGUUAACACAUGUACAACACAAUGUAGUGUUGAAAGAACAAAGCACAUUAACCGUGUGCCUGUGAACAGUAAGACAAACCAUCAGGAAAUGUUUCUGCUACAUAACCAAAUCGAUAAAGAAAAAUAAAC